ACAGAGUCUGAUGAAGAGGAAAGACUUUUUCCUGAUUCAGAAGUGGGACCUUAAGUAACCUUAAGUAUUGUGAAGAAUUAUCGUCACAACAUGAAUAUUAUGUACAGAAGGCAGGUGUGGCGUUCCAUACAUAAACACGGAACGGUUAUACUUAGAAUGUGAAAGCUACGAAAGUAGACAACAUGGCACUGACGAAACCUCUUCCCUGUGUUGAUGGGAUGUUCCUCCCGGCCUUUCCCCAUAUGCUGAAGGACGCUCGUCAACGUCUGGAAGAUAUCUCCAAUUUAUCGACGAGGAAGGAUGACAUCAUAAUUGGUUCCUAUCCUAAAUCAGGAAAUCAUUGGAUGAACGAGAUAGUUCCACGACUUUUGUCGAAAUCUCAGAACAUCUCUCAUGAACUCCUUCAUUCAUUUCUUGAUUUUCUACCGGAUUUGAAGACACUGGAGUCCAUCUCCUCUCCAAGAGUUUUAACUACCCACCUACCUUAUCGAUACCUCCCGAAGGAACACAUAGAAAAUGCAGGAAAAAUUAUCCACAUCAUUCGUAACCCCAAGGAUGUUGUCGUGUCAGCUUUUCAUCAUUUCACGAAGGAUAAAUAUGUUUUAGAAUACCAUUCUGCUAUUUGGGAAGAUUUCUUGGAUGAUUUUAUAAGAGGAGAUUGUGCGUAUAUAAGCUGGUUUGAUCAGGAGUUAGAGUGGGAAAAGGUGGCUCUUCAGAACCCGGACAGCGUGUUGGUACUGUAUUACGAGGACAUGCAUAAAAAUGGGUUAGAAAAUGUAAUGCGCAUGUCCGAAUUCCUUGGAUUGCCCUGUGAUGAAACAUUUGCCAAGAUUGUCCUAAACGAAAGCACUUUUAAGAAUGUAAAGGAGAAAAAGGGGAGCUAUUAUCCAAUUGAGUUCUAUCGAAAAGGUGUGAUUGGAGAUUGGAAAUCAAAGUUUACCGUUGCACAGAAUGAGAAGUUUGAUUGCAUUUUCAAAGAAAAAAUGAAGGAUUCCAAGCUGAAUAUUCAAUUCACCUAGACGUUUUCUAAUAUUUUUCUACAUAUAGAAAUAACAUGUUCAUUCGCCUUCUUGAUGAAUAAAAAUAGAUAAGAGUUCGA